AUGUCUUCAUAUAUUCGUUUAUUUUCAAUGUAUUUUAUGGCUGUUUUAUAUAUUGUUGCUGGUGUUCUUCAUUUUAUAAAACCACAAUUUUAUCUUCCUAUAAUGCCACGAUAUUUACCAUAUCAUCUUGAACUUAUCUAUUUAUCAGGUUUAUGUGAAGUUAUUUGUGGUUUAUUGUUGUUUUCUAAACGAACACAAGUAUUAGGUGCUUGGCUUACUAUUGCUUUACUUAUUGCUGUUUAUCCAGCUAAUAUUCAAAUGACACAAGAUUAUUUUGAAAAGAAUCAUCCACAAAAAUAUAUGGUAGCAGGUCGUCUUCCAUUACAAUUUAUUUUAAUAUGGUGGGCAUAUCAAUAUACAACAACGACAGGACAUAUUAAAUCACAUUAA